AUGUCAUCAGCGGGUAUCAUAAAACCACUAUCAAGCUCUGAUCAGCUAGCUAGCGAUGGAGGAAAUCCGAUAGAGGACUCGAGAAUUCUUGCAGAACCGAAAACUUCCGAAGAUCGAUAUUGGGACCAGCUCGUGCAAUAUAAUAAUGGGCUGGGAAAAGACGAACUGUUAUAUCCCGAGUUUGCUGCAUUACAACGCCUGAAUACUAUACAUCUCCACAAUAUCCUGGCAGAGAUAUGGCAGAAGAGAACAACAUCGGAGGCACAGAUGGUCAAGCUUAAGGAAACCAUGCAUGACUAUGUAACAGCAAUCCGAGAUACUGACUAUAUGAGUAAUCUCAGCCGCGUUCCACCCUCCAUCACCAUGAACCACCGCAUCUUCCUUGAACACGGCUUUCCAAGCAUUGCUAAUCGUGAUGGCGCCCCUUACGAUACAAAGUAUCUCUCGCUUUUUCACAACAUCCCUCUUGCCAGAGAUGCCGUACGAGAGUUCUUGCGCAAAUACUUGCACAAGAGGCUCUCAUGGUCGACCACGGAGCAAAGCGCACGCCGGACUGAUUUCUAUAAGAAUAGCCUCCCUGAGACCUACUCGCCAUUCGUAGACUGGCUGGCUAGGUUCAUUAUUGCCGUUGGGGGCGGAGCGGCUCUCAUUGUACCGAUGCUUAUUAUGAGCAUCGAUGCGGGGAAAGUUAAGAGUCUUGUGACAGUAUCGGUGGCUGUUAUACUGUUUGCUCUCAACGUUAGUCUAGGGUUUAAAAUUGACAACAAGGAUACACUUACAGCAACAGCGACCUACGCUGCUGUAUUAGUAGUUUUUGUUGGAACAAAUAAUACUUGAGUUUGAUUAUCAGCUUUUUGCUUGGGUAUAUAGAAAUGUUCAUCAUAGUGUGCCGAUCAUGCUUGCGACCCAAAAUCGACUCUAUAUGACGUCUGUUUGAGACAAAUCGUAAAAAAUACAGCAUUUUAGUACAGAUUGCUGGUUUUAGACAUCUGAAUCCCAAUCUCUCAAUCUCCUAAUCUCUUGAUCUGAAGUUUGAUGAUCGAAUUUAGUU